AUGAAAGAUGACGCAAAUGCUGCGACGGCUGAAGCGCGGCGGGAGGCCUGGCUGGGAAACAUGGCUGGCCCGUACCUGCAGCAGCCCAGCUUUCUGCUGGCCACGCUGAAGGCGGACUGCGUCAACAAACCGUUUGCUCAGAGGUGCCACGAUCUGGAAACGGUGAUAGAGGAGUUUCCUGCCAAGGAACUACAUGGCAUUUUCCCAUGGUUGGUGGAGAGCAUUUUUGGUAGCCUGGAUGGCAUCAUUGUGGGCUGGAAUCUUCGCUGUUUGCAAGGAAGAACAAAUCCUACUGAGUAUUCUGUGGCUUUGGAUUUCCUGGAUCCCAGUGGCCCAAUGAUGAAGCUGGUUUACAAGCUCCAAGCAGAAGAAUACAGAUAUGAUUUCCCAGUCUCCUAUCUUCCAGGUCCUGUGAAAGCAUCAAUACAAGAGCAGGUCCUACCAGAAUGCUCCUUAUACCACAACAAAGUCCAGUUUACCUCAUCUGGUGGUUUAGAUUUGAAUUUGGCUCUAAACCCAUUUGAAUACUACAUGUUUUAUUUUGCAAUUAGUUUGAUUACACAGAAGAACUCACCCAUCACCCACCACGUCAGCCCUUCCAACAGCGCUUAUUUCAUCUUGGUAGACACGUACCUGAAGUGUUUCCUACCCACAGAAGGAAGUGUUCUUCCUCCACCUUCUUCAAACCCUGGGGGAGCCAUCCCUUCUCCAACUCCCAGGUCUCCAGCCGUGCCUUUCACUUCCUAUGGCAUGCAUCACACCAGCUUGCUGAAACGGCACAUUGCCCAUCAGCCUUCUGUGAAUGCUGACCCAGCUUCCCAGGAGAUAUGGAGAUCAGAAACGCUACUUCAGAUCUUUGUUGAAAUGUGGCUUCACCAUUAUUCCCUGGAAAUGUAUCAGAAAAUGCAGUCCCCUCAUGUCAAGCUGGAGGUUCUCCACUACCGACUCAGUAUCUCCAGUAAACACCACGGUAGUCCUGCCCAAUCCAGCUACCAGGCCCUCCACGCAUACCAAGAAUCAUUUAAACCCACUGAAGAGCACGUGCUGGUGGUAAGACUGCUUGUGAAACAUCUGCAUGCUUUCAGUAACAGCCUGAAACCAGAGCCUCUCUCCCCUUCAGCCCAUUCCCACACAGCCAGCCCGCUAGAAGAGUUUAAAAGGGUUGUGAUUCCUCGGUUUGUCCAGCAGAAACUUUAUAUCUUUCUGCAGCACUGCUUUGGUCACUGGCCACUGGAUGCCUCUUUCAGAGCGGUUCUUGAGAUGUGGUUAAGUUACUUACAGCCAUGGAGGUAUGCUCCUGAAAAGCCACCUCAAACUGCAGAGCUCUUGCCUCGCAGCGUGUCAGAGAAAUGGGCUGCCUUCAUCCAAGAAAACCUACUUAUGUAUACUAAGCUGUUUGUAGGAUUUUUGAACAGAACUCUUCGAACAGACUUGGUCAGCCCAAAAAAUGCUCUCAUGGUGUUCCGAGUAGCCAAGGUCUUUGCUCAGCCCAACCUAGCUGAAAUGAUCUUGAAAGGAGAACAGUUAUUCCUGGAGCCAGAACUUGUUAUUCCUCAUCGUCAACACCGACUUUUUAUGACUCCCACACUUGGUGGAAGCUUCUUCUCAUCGUGGCCUCCAACUAUUACAGAUGCCUCAUUUAAGGUGAAGAGUCAUGUUUACAGCCUGGAAGGACAGGACUUCCAGUACAAACAGAUGUUUGGCACAGAAGUCAGGAACUUGGUGUUAAAACUAGCUCAGCUGAUCUGCCAGGCACAGCAGACAGCAAAAUCCAUAUCAGACCAUUCAGCAGAGACAAUGGCUAGCCAUUCCUUCUUUUCAUGGUUUAAGUUCACACCAUCUGAGAUGAACGGUUCCUACACAGGCAAUGACCUUGAUGAAAUUGGACAAGACAGCAUCAAAAAAACAGAUGAAUAUUUAGAAAAGGCACUGGAAUACUUGUGUCAAAUCUUUAAGCUGAAUGAAGCCCAGCUGACCCAGAUGAUGAUGAAGUGUGGGACAGCUCAAGAUGAGAAUGGAAAAAAACAACUUCCAGACUGCAUUGAAAGUGAGAAUGGCCUCAUUCUUACACCCCUUGGCCGGUACCAGAUGAUAAAUGGCUUACGUAGAUUUGAUGUGCAGUACCAAGGGGAUACUGAGCUUCAGCCCAUACGCAGUUAUGAAAAUGCCACUCUUGUCCGCCUCCUGUAUCGUUUAUCCUCAGCACUUAAUGAAAGGUUUGCUGAGCAGAUGAAUGUGCUUUGCUCCAGGGAAGAUUUUAUUGGCAGAUUUUGUUGCUACCAUCUUAAAAACCCUCGCUUCGUACACAAAAUCAGGUACAGUCCUGUGCUGAAGGACAGAAGAAACCAGAACUGGGGACCAAGAAUCAGUCUGAGAUUUCUGGCUAGCUACAGGACUCUUUUCUCUUUGCUAAUGCUGUACUUCAUUGCAUCCUGGUUUUAUAUUGGGCCAGUGGGCUGCACGUUCAUUAUCCUAUUCAGCUAUUUUCUUUAUGCUGUAAUAAUGACUUUCUUCUUUGAAGGACGGAAACCACAUGAACACUAAUUUUCUUCUCUCAUUAUACAUGUAAAAAUAAAUGUUCAGAGGAUAAUUAUCCUAGGAUAUCCAAUGAGUAAAAUGUUUGAAUUAUCAGAUACCUUAAAAUAUUUUUAAUAUCAAAUUCAAUUGAGUUUUUAUAAACAACUAUGAAGUUGUGUGGAAUAGUUAAUGUAAAUUUUAUUUUUAUAAAAGUCUUCUUAUGUGUUUGAGUGAAUGUGACUUCUUUUCAGGAUGGGAAGAACAAGCCAUCACACUGAAAACACAAAGUCAUUGUUAUCUACAAUGCAGUCUAAUCUAGAGAUGUGUGGGAUAUUUUGCCACAUGGUGCAGAACUCAGAGGGGUUCUAUGAACUUACUAAGUUAUCCAGACCUAUAAUUCAACUUAUUCCAUGCUGUAGAGGACUCUGUCCUUCAAAAUAACCUGCACACAUUUAGAUAUUU